AAUUAACACACUGAUUUAAAAAUAAAAAAUAAAAUAGGGUUUCUGGCACGCUUUCGUGAGCGGCGGCCUCUCUCUCUCUCUUUUCUCUCUUCUCUCUGCUGUCUGUCUCAUGUCCGCUCUCUCUCUCUCCGUCACUUGGCGUACUUUCUUCUUAAUCUGAGCUUCGACACUCAUCUCGGAUUCGACUAUCUUAGGUAGACGAGAACCAACGGAGACAGGAAGUCUACCAAUCGUAAGACAACGCGAGAACAAGGUAGACGAGAGCCGACGGAGACAGCAACUCAUCCAAUCGUAAGAACAAGAGGCCCAAACACGCAACCAACGGAGACAGGAAAUCAAUCAUCUUAAGAACAAGAGGCCCAAACACGCAACCAACGGAGACAGGAAAUCAAUCAUCUUAAGAACAAGGUUCGAAAAGGAUAAGGUUUUGUGGGGGUUUCUGAUUCUGUCUCUUUGAAUGGAAGCUAAGAUGACGGCAGUGGUCCGAAGAAUGGCUGCUUUUGCAUUUGCUUCUGCCUCAGGUCUACUUCAGACUCAUCCCCUAAGAAGAGGUACUCUGAACAACUUCUUGCACUGGUCCUCCAUCUUAAGCUGUCGGAGAUCGUCUUUUUCCGAUGUUAGAGACCGCAAUAUGUCAUACAGAGAUAGAUUGAGAUGUGGGGUUCAUGAUUGUCAUGUCGAGUAUGCUGUUGAUUUGUUCGAUCAGAUGGUUCAGUCUCGUCCCGUACCUUCCAUCGUCGAUUUUACCAAACUAUUGAGUGCAAUCAUGAAGAUGAAACGGUAUGAUGUUGUCAUUUUCCUCUGCAAGAAAAUGGAAUUGCUUGGGGUGUCACAUGAUAUCUACUCUUUGAAUGUUCUCACCAACUGUUUCUCCCACUCUCCUCAAGUGUUUUUGGGUUUAUCUGUCGUGGGCAAAAUCUUGAAACUCGGUUACAAGCCGAAUGUAGUCACCUACAAUAUCUUAGCUCAUGGUUUAUGUAUCCACGGCAAGAUUUCAGCGGCUUUAAACUUGGUUGACCAAAUGGUGGAAGAGGGAUACAAACCUAAUGUUGUAACAUUUAACACUUUGGUCAACGGGUUUUGCCUUGAGGGUAGAGUUUCUGAAGCAUUGAGUUUACUUGAUCAGAUGCUAAAGAUGGACUAUCAACCCAAUGUAGUUACAUUUGGCAUUGUUAUAAACGGGGCCUGUAAAGCAAGAGAUUAUGCAUUGGCCAUGAAUCUACUCGAGAAGAUGGAGGAAAUGCAUAUUGAGAUCGAUAUCGUAAUUUAUCAUACGAUCAUCGACUAUCUAUGCAAAGCCGGACACGUGGAUGGUGCACUGAACCUUUUCGGAAAGAUGGAUAGUUGUGGGAUUGUACCUGAUGUAGUAACUUUUAGUUCUAUGAUAAAUGGUUACUGCAAGGCUAAUAGGGUCGAUGAGGGUCUUAAUCUCUUUUAUGAGAUGUCUCGAAGAGGAUUGGUUGCUGAUGCGAUUACAUACAACAUCCUCAUCCAAGGGUUUUACAGAGUAGGCAACCUUGGUGCUGCCCAGAAGUUUUUUAUGGAGAUGCAGUAUAAGGGUCAUCGUCCUGAUCUCGUGACUUACAUCAUUUUGCUUGAUGGACUUUGUAAGAAUGGAAAAACGGACAUGGCACUUUGCCUAUAUAAUAAGUUGGAUAAGAGUGGGAUUGACCUCCAUAUACCUCUCCAUAGUUGCAUGAUGCAUGGUUUGUGCAAGGUUGGGAGGGUUGACGAAGCGUUGAUAUUAUUUAAUAAGCUUCUUGAUAGAGGGGUGAAGCCGAAUGUUAUCAUGUAUAACAUAAUGAUCUCCGGUCUUUGCGGGAAAGAUUCACUCUAUGAAGUCGAGAAGGUAAUUGGGAAGAUGAAAGAGGAUGGUUGUUUUCCCGACGCUGGUAUGUAUAACGCAUUGAUCAGGGGUCGUCUUAGAAGUCGCUUUCCAUCGAUGGUUAUCGAGCUGAUACAAGAAAUGCGGAUCAAUGACUUUUCUAUGCAUGCAUCGACCUCAAAUAUGAUAAUGGAUAUGGUAUAUGGAGGUAGAUUGGAAAAGCGGUUUUUAGAUCUCCUCUCUUAGUAGAUGCAAGUACUAAACGGCUGAUGAGAAGAGCCAACAUCGUAUGGUUGUAUGUUUGAUGAGAAGAGCCAGAAGCUAUCCAGACAUCUUUGGAUAUUCUGAGUGUUUUGAGGUAAGAACACUAUUGCCACUGGAGCUUCAAUCCACUCUGAACCAUGAUUUCAGAUGCCUUUUCAUGACAAAUCAUUCCCCUCUUGUUGGGAAGUUGCAUAAGAUUCUGAUGAAAAUGUUUGUUAAGGCAUGGUAAAAUCAAAGACUAAAUCAAAUCGAGCCUCGUCUCAGAAAGCUUCAGAAACUCAUGGUUCUUCGGUCGGAACUCGGACAUCACGGCCAACUUCAAAAAACGAAACAACAGCUCGAGGGCAUGGAGCAGAGCAGUAGCAAAUGAUGUAUUGAGGAAGCAAAAUGGGUGGGACAGAGCCAAACAUAUGGACAAGCUGACCGAACAGAUGGGUCUUCUCUCGCCUGACAUCAAAGACCUACCCAGGCAAGAGCCAUGAUCCUUGGGUGUUGCGAGUGUUUCGAGGUAAGAACACUGCUGCCCCUGGAGCUUCGAUCCACGCCGAAACAUGAUUUCAGAUGCCUCUUCGUGACAAAUCAUUCCCGUCUUGUUGGUAGAAAAUCAAAGGUGAGAGAGUCUGUGUUUGUGUCUCAUUUGUUACAAGAAGAAGAAGCAAUGCAAUCCGUGCGUCGAAAGAGCCGAGGAGGAGCUGCUCAAAGACUGGAGUUGAAGAUGGCAAAGGCUUUUGUUUAAUUUCAAUCUGAUUAGUUAAAAAUUAUACCAUUCGAUUUUAUUAUGAUAACAUCUUGGCCCAUUUAACUUGCCAAUUGAUUAUUAGCUUGGCCCAAUCUAUAAACAAAUGUAGUUACAUAUAUAACGUAUUUUCUUUUUUAUCGAUGUGUUUUUCAGUA